GAGGCCUGCCGGGCUGGAGAAGGGGCCUGGAUUGGCAGAAUCUCUGGUGGUUUCAGGCUGAAAGAGAAGCCAAUGCCAUAUUUCAAUUCCUCCAGCAGUUUCCCAUCAGGGCCUGGUGCCAAGAGACAGAAACUUGGAGAAGAUCAACAAGGAGAAUGGCUGUGUAUACUGUAAAUGAGCCGCAGGGUCUGUUGGGAUUCAGUGAUUUGGAUGAAGACUUUUCCCAUGAGGAGUGGGAAUGUCUGAAUCCUGCUUGGAGGACUUUAUAUAUUGAUGUGAUGUUGGAGAAUUACAGAAAUCUGGUUUUUGUAGAUUCCUCUGCAUUGAAAGAGUGGCAUCCAGUGGAUCAACUGCAGCUCUCCACCCCAGAACGUCUGAGGAGCAUCCGGAACCGGUGUGUGUGAGCUGGAAGCUUUUCUCUGGCUGUCUGUGAAGGAAGGAGCCACACUGGCACUACUGUGAUUCCUUCCAACACUGUCGUGGCAGGGCCUGGUGCUAAGGUAAGGGAGAACACGGACUCCAGC